AGGGAUCAAAGAUAUGCAGGCAGAUUCACUAUUAUUAGAAAGACCUCAAGUCUUGCAAGAUCAAAGUCUUGGUAUAAAGUGCAUGUCUUCCCAUUUAAUUCUGCCUCAACCCCACCACUGCUCCCUGCCCCCGACCAAAAAAAAAAAAAAAAAAAAAAACUCCAAGAAGCAGCUAUUUGUGCAACUUUAGAUCUGAAAUCUCAGUGAGUACGUAGUAUAUAAAUACUAUGGAACUUGCAUGACGCAGAUCUCUGCUCUCCUCCUAGGCCGCCCAUGGAGGACUCUCAGACACUCUUGACCCCUGUGGUGAGCUGUGGGCCUCCAGGAGCUCUGCUGACCCGCCCUGUCAUCCUCACUAUGCAUCACUGCGCAGAUCCCAAUACCGAGGACUGGAAGAUACAGCUCAAGAACCAGGCAGCGCAGGGACAGUGGGAGGAUGUGGUGGUGGUCGGAGAGGAAAACUUCACCACCCCCUGCUACAUCCAGCUGGACGCAGAGGCCUGCCACCUCCUCUCUGAGAACCUUGGCACCUACUCCCUGGUCGGGCAGUCCACCACCAAAGCAGCCACCAAGCGCCUGACGCUGGCCAUCUUCGGGCCGCUCUGCUGCUCCUCUCUGGAGUACAGCCUCCGAGUCUACUGUCUGGAUGACACUCAAGAUGCCCUGAAGGAAGUCUUGCAGCUCGAGAGACAGAUGGGAGGACAGCUCCUAGAAGAACCUAAGGCUCUUCACUUCAAAGGCAGUACCCACAACCUGCGCCUGUCCAUUCAUGAUGUCGCCCAUUCCCUCUGGAAGAGCAAAUUGCUGGCCAAAUAUCAGGAAAUUCCUUUCUACCACAUCUGGAGUGGGUCUCAGAGAAACCUCCACUGCACGUUCACUCUGGAAAGAUUUAGCCUGAACACAGUGGAGCUGGUCUGCAAACUCUGUGUGCGGCAGGUAGAGGGAGAAGGGCAGAUCUUCCAGCUAAACUGCACCGUGUCCGAGGAACCUACUGGCAUCGAUUUGCCUCUGCUGGAUCCAGCGAGCACCGUCACCACCAUGACGGGACCCAGUGCUUUCAGCAUCCCUCCCCCUAUCCGGCAGAAGCUCUGUAGCAGCCUGGAUGCCCCACAGACGAGGGGUCAUGACUGGAGGAUGCUGGCCCAUAAGCUAAACCUGGACAGGUACUUGAAUUACUUUGCCACCAAAUCAAGUCCAACUGGCGUCAUCCUGGAUCUCUGGGAGGCACAGAACUUCCCCGAUGGAAACCUGAGCGUGCUGGCAGCUGUCUUGGAGGAGAUGGGAAGACACGAAACAGUAGUGUCGUUAGCAGCAGAAGGGCAGUAUUGACCCAGGCUGGGGCUGAGAGCGAAGCAGGAGAGUCACAGGGAGUCUGUGGACGUCCAGGGGCUCAGAGCUGAGGAGGAAACUCGGUCUAGACCAGUGAGCUCCACAGGCAAGAUUGCAGCGGGAGAGAGAAGGAAAACAGACACAACUACCAAUAUACAUGCCCACUCUACUCGGACAUCGUCACAGGAGUUAAGAACAAUUGUACAAAUGUGUAUCUUGAAUUUAGAAAUCAACCUCAUUUUCCUCUUAGUUGGGCUGUAUGCUGUGUGGUACAGGAUCUUACAGUUUCCUAGGAAACGCUUUUUAUUGCUAUCCAGAUCUAUGGAUAAACUUUCUUAACAAACCCAGUUUCUACAAACGUUGUUUACAUCAAAUUGGACAGGGAUGCAGACACUGUCCAUGGCUCGUUCUAUUUUUGUUUAAAUCAUUUGAAGUUGAAGCUGUGGACGGUUUGCUGUGUCUCUUUCAGAUUAGUAAUUUACAGAGAAAUCACAGACUUUUCCUACAAAUCAUGUGCAUCAAGUGUCUCAGAGAUAAUCCUCCCAUCAGUGUUCUGUUUCUAGAACUUGUAGAACCAGUGUUACUGUUUGUAUCGGGGAAGUGGAGAACCUAAGUAUAAAGGAGAGAGAGCUAAGACUUCCUUAUUCCUUGAGGGUACCCACCUCACGCCCUUGGGGAAUAAAGUUAUAGCGUGGCAGGGAAGACAGGGAUUCACGUUCAGCCACACAAACAAGCAUUUUUUCCACAACAUGUGUGUUUGUAAUAUGCAACUUGAAGUGGUUUUUUUUUUUAAAAGAAAGGUAUUAUUAUUAUCAUCAUCAUUAUUAUUGAUGAGUAUUUACAAGUAUUCUAGUAAAAGGAUUUUCUUUUAACUUGUUUUUGUUAGCAGUACUGUUAGUAUUUAGGUAUUGACCUGACCCGGGCACCUUCUCAUAACAAGGUGGGCGUGGUCACCAGUUUAAUUAAACAGGCAUUGCUUCCCUGACCUUUUAUCUUUCUCCCAUCAUUCUGCCUGGAAAGGAGGUAAAUGCUCACUGGCCUUGUCAGUCUGUCUGGU